AUGCAGUCGCGCUUUCCUGUAUCUGCUCAGGCAUUCAUUGUGUCGACAAUACCAACCGGACUGCUUACCAGUAGGCGACAGAUAUGCGGCGGCGUGAUCAUCGGCAGUCAGACCAUCUUGACCACCGCCCAUUGCUUGCUGGAUGAAACUACGAGAGCUACUGACCACUUUCCCAGAGCUCCAUUACCGGUAAGCCGCAUCCAGGUGGUCGUGGGUGCCCUGGACAGCGACGCCCCGGCUUCCAACGUCUACGAUCCCACCCACUGCGCCCAGACGUUCACCGUGAAAUCGGCCACAACGCACCCGGCAUAUAACGACACGGUCAAGGACAACGACAUUGGCAUUAUCACGCUGACGACGGCCAUUAAUGUUGACCAGAAGCCGUGCGCCUGUACACUGUGCUUCAGCUCACGCCAGCCGGCAGUCGGUGAGAUGUGCGCGGUGACGGGAUUUGGUUUUCCGGACUUCACGGACGGAGGCGCACUAGUCUGUUGGGACCCGAUCAACAAAGUCUAUUAUUUGGCGGGUGUUAUAGCUGUGGUGGACGAUUUUUGCAUUUUCAACCUGCAUGGCAACCAAAAUACGAAAGUAGCACUGUAUUUGCAAUGGAUUUCGGACAAUGCUUUAUCCGGCGACAUUAACGUAUUCCCGAACCCGACUGUCACCCCUCCCACUACCGUUCCUCCAGGAACAACAAACACCCCAACUCCACCCACGGCCACACCGGAAGCAUGUGGUAUUCCCGGCAACGGCCAAAUCGAUGCGUUUGGCAUCGCUUUGGUCGUCGUCAGUCAGGGAAACGGUCGCAAGACGACGUGCGGUGGGAUCAUUAUCGGGACGCGAACCAUCCUUACGGCGGGCACAUGCAUGGUGACCUCCAGUGGCGUCACGAUCUCCAGUGCGUCGGCGUACACCGUGACCGUCGGAGCAGUGGACAGCAGUACACCGUCAUCGAAUGCGCAAGAUGUUACCGGAUGUGCGCAGACCUUUACCGUGCAAAAUGUUACACUGCACCCGGGUUAUGUCUUCGCCACGGACGAUAACGACAUCGGUAUUCUAACGUUAUCGAGUGCCAUCGAUCUUGUCAACAAACCGUGUGCAUGCGCAAUAUGUCUGGCAUACCGAGUGCCGGCAUUCAACGAUACCUGCGUCAUUAGUGGCUACGGAACCGAAAACAACGGAAAACCGAUCCGUAAUGCAGUACCCUUGAAGUGGACUACACAAAAAAUCAUCCCACAGUCGGGCAGUUGCGCCGUGUUCUGCUCGGGAAGCACUUGCACUAACGUCAGCAAUUACCUUUGCAGUCAAGGUGCGACAGGCCAGGAUCAGUGCAUCGGGGACAACGGCGGGCCGUUGGUAUGCUAUGAUCCCACCCGCAACAACUACUAUUUAGCCGGCGUCAUGGCCUUUACGAGCGAGACGUGCGGAAGCGGUCAAGGCGGACAGAGCACGGCAGUUACACUGUAUUUGUCGUGGAUAGUGGCCAAUGCUCUGCCGGGCGAUGUUCAAGUGGAAUCUAGACGGCGUUUUGGUGACCCUAACGACCAAUCCAACAGUUUACAGUUCCCAGUCUUUGUAGACUAA